AUGAAUCAGAAAAAGGAUCAAAAGAGCAAUUUAUCAGAAAAAAGGAUAUCCAAGGUUCAACAUCUCAAUAAGAAAAAGGUACGAAAUCAAAUUGAAUUGUUCCCUGGAGAAACUGAUACAAAUCAAGAAGAAACACGGCAGCAGGCUGGAUUGAAAAGUUGUUCCGAAGCUGCUCCUGAACAUAUAUAUGGUCAUGAAAAGGAAAACGGUGAAUACGGUAGAAGAAGUAUAUUUUUUGAUAAAGACUGGAAUUUGAAGGGAAUUGCACCAUCACAUCAUAGAAACAUUCCUUACAAUCCUCGAACUUUCAAAAGACGAAUCGAAGUUCGAGCUAGACUGGGAAACCUUUCGAACAUUAAAAUACCAAACGAAAUCCAAAAUAAUCGUUAA